UACAAGGAAAUCGCCAUGAAGCUCUACCAGGAAGACUUUGUCCUGAUUCAGCCUGAAGAAUACACACAAUUCUUAGCUGCUAACGACGACGAAAGUGCAGAAAUCAGAAGUUACUACAUGGACUUGUUCAGAUGGGAUGAAAACUUGUUGAUGGCCACCAGAAGAUUGUGUUCCAAGUUGUACCUCCGUGGAGAGUCGCAGGAAAUCGACCGUAUCUUACUGUCCUUCACCAAGUCGUAUUUGAAACAACACCCCAGCAACAUCUUCUGCACUCGCAACUUUGAGCAAAUCUACAUCAUUAUCUAUUCCUUGAUCUUGUUGAAUACCGCAUUGCACAAUUCGGAAUUGAACAAGAAGUCCAAAAUCUCCCAGGCAGACUUCAUCAAAAACACAUUUUCUACUUUCAUGCAACAAUCUCCCUCGACCCUGAGAAAGUUGACCAUCAAACAGAGAAUAACUAUCGAACAGGAAUUGAGCACGUUCUACGACGACUUGUCCCGUACCGAGUUGCAUUUGAAGCAAGCUGCUCCUGAAGAUGCCUCACCCAGACUCCACCAACCUGCUGUAGCCAAGUACAGAAGAGGUGAACACCCUCUCCCUCACGAAUUUGAUAACGACCCCACCUUUGGCCACGAAAACCAGUUCCUGGUCUUGUCCAGACAGGCCACCAACUCGUCUAUCUGGUCUACUGAUACCACUACCAACCGUCGUACCUCUUUGGCCAUGAAGAGAAUGACUACUACCUCUUCCAACGCCUCCCAGUUUACUUCCAGUCAGAUGUCUCGUGAACAGGGUAAGAAUGCUCGUGUUGGUAUGGCAAGAGCUUUGAUGUCAGACCAAAAUAAAUUCUACAAGAACGGUAACCACUCCCAGUUCUCUCAAGUUACCAGAAACACGACCAUGACCUUGAGGAACAGACAGUCUAAGGACCAUAUGCACAGCAGCAAUGCUUCCAACUACGGCAGUUUGAACAAGAAAUCUUCUCGUUCUUCUGUAGUUUCUCGUGACUCUACCACCAACUCUAUCUUUGGCGAUGAAGUCUCGGUGUUGUCUAUCGAUACCCAGAAUCUCAACCAGAUUGACUUUGAUGGAUUGCACGAUGAUGCUGUUUCGCAACAGGAGUUGGAAAACUUCAACGUUGAAGACUACCAGGAUCAGUAUGAUUUAACGUUAGAAUUGCAAGGUUCGCCAUACUUGAAGGAAGGCUUGUUGAAGUUGAAGAUCUUCAACAACGACCAACAGGACGGCUCUCAGGAAAUGACUGCUCCAGUUUCUUCAGCUGCCUCUACCAUCUCCAACUCUAGUGGCCGUGGCUUCUUCUCGUUCUUCAGCAGAUCCCACACAAACAACCCAUCUGCUGCUCGUAACCAGACAUCUACUGUCGGUACCUCUUCACAUAACUUCGUUGUGGUGUCCAAGGGUGAAUUGUCAUUGUAUUCUUUUGACCCUAAGGUCAUCAAGAAGCACCAGCAGAAGGUCAGAAAGUUGAAGAACAAGAGACUGAUGCAGCUCAUGACUAUCACCGAGUUCGACAACUUGGAAGAAGAAAACCAGGAAGAUGAAGUUGGUGACGGUAACUGGUUGAAGAACGCAGCAAAGAUCGGUAGCUACAACUUAUGCUCCUGUUUCGCCCAGUUGGAAAAGUCAUCUACCUCCUCCACCAAGAAGGUCUACACAUGGUCGUUGUCGUUCCCUAAGAUCUCCAAGAAGCCUGCCAAGAAGUUCUUGUUUGAGUCUGGUACCAAAGAGAUCGCCUUGGAAUUCGUCAACACCUGUAACUUCUGGGCUUCCAAGAUCACAGCAAUCCCAACAUUGGAAGAGUCUGUUUCGUCUAUCGAAUACGGAUGGACCAACUUGGAUGGUAUCGUCAACCGUCGUGAACAGUUCAAGAAGAACAAGAACAUAAUGAAAUGGGAACCUGUUGUCAAGGGUGUCUAUCUUUCUAACUACAUUGUUGUGAACGACUUCGACGAAUCCGCUAACCACUUGGGAAUGAUGAAGCAAUUUGUCAAGACCCUCAAGUACUACGAUCAUUUGAAGAAGUUGUUGAACGAGUUCAACCAGAUGAAACUUAAGUUCAUGAAGAGCUUGCCAAUGAAGCAAUACGCUUGCACCAACUACAGCAGAGUAAUCCAUAACUACGAUGCUAAACUCGAAGAAUACAAGUCGGAGUUGAACAAGUACAAGAACUAUUUGAUCAUUUUGGGCUUUGGCUUGCAAUUGAGAUUCGACUUGGAAACCCAGGACAGAUUGGAUGCCACAUUAGAUGAAGAAGACGUGGUAUACGACGACCAACAUUAUCCUGCUGGCAGGGAUGAUGACGACUUGACAAGAUUGGUCAAGUUUGAGAUCAAGAAGUUGUUCUUUAACAUGAAGGACAUCGGUAAGAUCAUUCCCACAUUCCAAUCCUCCAAGUCUAUCCACAACUUGACAACACUCACCAACCAGGAAUUCUUUGAAGAAUUGGAAGAUGGAAGACCAUUCCCAUUGGUCAAGUCGCCAAAAACCUUCACCUUGUCUAACUUCAACGACAACGAAAGCCCUAUUGCCCAAUUAAUAAAUUCUUCAUCUACCUUGGCCAAGGAUGACAAGGAUUUACCACACAGCUACAGCACUGGCACCAUUAAAGAAGAGGAUGAGCCAGAA